AUGAUUUCCUGGGCUUUCCUCGCUUUGUCAAUCCGUGCUGCGUUCGCAGCCCAGGUGGUGGGAGACCUCACCGUACUGUCCUAUAAUGUCGCAGGCUUGCCUGAAAUUCUUUCAUCCGGCAACCCUGCCACAAACACGCCUCUCAUUUCCGCACGCCUAGGACCCUACAAUAUAAUUAACGUUCAAGAAGAUUUCAACUACCACGCCGCUCUUUACGCCUCAGACAACCACGCCCACCGCACCCCAACUUCCGGUGGCGUGCCUUUCGGAUCGGGCCUCAACACCCUCUCCGAUUUCCCAUAUAUCGACUUCGAGCGCAAGACAUGGGACAACUGCAACUCGAACGGUGGUGACUGCCUUACGCCCAAAGGCUUCACCUUCAUGCGCGUCCGCGUCUCCGAAGGUGCCUGGAUCGAUGUCUACAACCUGCACACCGACGCCGGGUCCGACUCCGGCGACAUCAACGCGCGCGCCUCGAACAUGGCGCAGGUCAGUACCACGGAUCUUUGGGUGUCGAAUGUCAGGGGCGGCGUCGUCCCCGCGUCGGGCUCUGCGUCGCUCACCUGCCCCUUCCCCUUUGCCGCAGGCACAAGCGAAGCCGCGCUCGUCGCGUGUGAGGUCGUCGACAAGAUAUUCAUCCGUGGUAGCCCUGCUGUCGGCCUCCCCGCAGCAACCUUCAGGAACGCGCACUACUCGUUCGUCGAUUCGGCCGGAGCGCCUCUGAGUGACCACUACCCCCUCACCAGCACACUCACCUGGCGCAUCUCCUCGUCCGUGCGCCUCGGCGACCCCAUCGGCGGACCCCACGGCGACCCGUUCAACGACAUCCCCGCCCUCCUCAGUGGAACCCUCCCCCAGCUCACCUCCAUCACGAUCCGCGGCGGCAACCGCAUCGACGGCAUCUCCUUCAUCGUCCGCUACCCCAACGGCGCGACCACGACCACGACUCACGGUGGUAGCGGUGGCAAUGCCAACACACUCAACCUGAAUUCGGGCGAGCGUGUCACGUCGGUCUUCGCCUGCAGCGCGAAGUACAACGACAGCACGCGCGUAUUCCACCUCAGACUAACCACGAAUCAGGGCAGGACAGUGCAGGCCGGCAGUACCACGAGCGACUGCUUGACCAACAACCUCCCAUCCGACGCUGGUUCUGGUGGCGCUUGGGGUCUCGUAGCGUUCUGGGGACGGGACGGAAACGAGAUCGACCGGGUUGCACCUAUCUGGGGCGCUGUGUACUAA